AACGACAACCUCUAGCAAAAAUGCCUCGUUAUGACGAUAAAUACGGUAAUACCCGUUUGUAUGUGGGACGUUUGUCCUCAAGGACGCGUUCACGUGACCUGGACAGGCUCUUUGGCAGAUAUGGGAGGUUUCUGGGGUUUUGCCUAAACCUGGAAGGUCUGUGGUAGGAGGGUGGCCUUGGUGGAAUUCGUGGAAAUUCCUUCCGAGUGUUGACUUUGGCGAUUCUUUCUCUAAUGUUAUUGCGUGUUUUUAUGGAAAUGGCAACAAUCACAAACUGGUGUUUAGUUCGUCUUUGAGGGGUGAAGUACAUUACACUUGCAGUACUUGUCUACUGAUGGCCUUACUGUUUCUGGAAACCAUUUCCGCAGAAUUCGAGGUGUGGAUAUGAAGCAUGAUUACGCCUUUGUUGAAUUUAGUGAUCCCCGAGAUGCAGAUGAUGCAAGAUAUAACUUAGAUGGCCGUGAGGUGGAGGGGAGUCGCAUCAUUGUCGAAUUUGCAAAAGGGGGUCCUCGUGGUUCUCGAGAAUACUUGGGUAGAGGUCCUCCUCCGGGAUCUGGGCGCUGCUUUAACUGUGGUAUUGAUGGCCACUGGGCUCGGGAUUGCAAAGCUGGAGACUGGAAGAAUAAGUGUUACCGCUGUGGGGAAAGAGGUCAUAUAGAACGAAACUGCAAGAACAGUCCCAAGAAAAUGAGUGGUCAUGGUCGAAGUUAUUCUCGUUCGCCUGUCAGGUCACGUUCUCCUCGUCGUGGCAGAAGCCGGGAUCGUAGUUACAGCCGAGACCGCAGCUACAGCCAAUCAAGAUCCCCUGUCCGCAGAGAACGCAGCCCUGUUCGUGAAGAUAGAUCAGAGUCUCCCCGCUACAGAAGUCCAGAACCCAAGAAUAGUCCUCCAUCUGCCAAGACAAGGAACGAUAGCCCUACUUUAGAUGAAGGCAAUCAACAGGAGAGAGAGGACAUGUCUCCUGGGAAUGGUGGGCUGACCACCCGGCAAGAUGGAUCUGACUAUAGUGAUGGUCCUAGAAGAAGGAGCAGAAGUAGAAGCCCUGUUAGCCCAAAAACUAAUGGUGGUGGCCGCAGUGCUAGCCCUAGGGAUGAUAGGAGCCCCAUUGACGAUGACGACGACACCCGCCAUUCUCCAAGGGGCAGCGAGUCACCUUGAAGCGCCAUUCUGGGAAUGAUUUAUGUGCUUCCUUUUUGAAAUUAUCCGUCUAUGUGCUUGGAGGAGACAAUUGGUUUCGAGGCAUUUUGGCAAUAAUGUGUCUCUGCCAUUUGCGACAUUUUUUUUCUUUGGUUUUUGUCCCUUUUGUUUUCGUUUUUUUUUUAAACGUGCCAACCAUUAUUGAUACUAGAUUUAUCUGUUGUAAAAUGAUUCUAAGAAUGAAAUAUUAGAACUGAUCAAAUUAUAUAUAUGUUUGAAAAUUACUUGUUCGAA